UUCGAUCUAAAACAGAAUCUAUUCAUUCAGAAAUCAACAAUACAGUAGAGCCGAUCGAUCGAUCGAUCAAUGGUGGGGAGAGAUGUGGAGAAGAUGCUGGCGGUAGGGCUCGUUUGGGGCGCCACUAACGCCCUGAUGCGCAAAGGCGCAAUCUUGUGGGACCAAGCGCUCAAAUCAGCGCCCCAAACAAACACGCCGCUGCCCCACAAGUGGCUCAAGCUCCUCUUGAUUUGGCAGUACACUCUCCCGUUCGUGGUGAAUCUGUCGGCCUCGGCCACUUUCUUCGCGAUCCUGAGCGAUUCUCCGAUCUCCGUAGCUGUGCCCGUCACCAACGCCACUACUUUCGCUGCCACGGCUGUUUUCGGGAUCAUUCUCGGCGAAGAAACUCGCGUGGGUCUCGCGCUGUUUGGUACUUGUCUCAUUGUUCUAGGCGUCUGUAUCUCGAUCAUGUGAUUGUGUUUCGAGGAUUUGGGUUGAUUAGUUGUUUUGAUUGCCUUUUUCGACUUGUGGAGUGGUGAAUGCUACGUGUUUGUUGAAAUGCCUGUGUGAGUUUGAGUAUGAGAAUUGGGGAUUGUAGAUUUGUAGUUAAAUAGCACUGCAUAUUGUUUGCUUGUUGAAAUGCUUGUGUGAGUUUGAGUA